UAUGAGUAAAAAAUUGUGUGCAUAAAACAUGGUGGACUACCACGGUUUAUGCAGGAUAUAGUAUAAAUAUAGAAGCCGCUGUGGUCAUGGCGGAUCACAUUUAAGCUAUAGCAAAUUUUGUGAAGUUGGGUGGCUGAGAAAGAAUCGGGAGCUUUGAUGUUUAGGGGCCGGUUUGAGGUUUUGAACCAGUUGGAUGGUGGAUCGAUGGAAGACGAAGGUCGCAUGUACCGGUUAAAUGGCGUUGCGCAUGUGGCUGGAUACAUCGAACAAGAGCCUAGUAGGGUUAUUAGCGGUGUGAGGAGACAGCAGAAUAUGCCUUUACACGACCAGAUUAUACCGUAUUUGGAGACCGCGGGCUUGUAUCACUUGGCUAGGCUGAACAGUCAGUGGUUCUGGGUUGAUGAGCCUCUACUUAGCGCAUUCAUUGAGAGGUGGCGUCCUGAGACCCACACCUUCCACAUGCCGUUUGGGGAGUGUACUAUCACUUUGCAAGAUGUGGCCUAUCAGCUGGGUUUGCCCAUCGAUGGGGAGCCCGUUAGUGGGUGCCUGACUGAGUUUGAGAAUCUGAUGGAAAACGGAAGACCCGCAUGGGUGUGGUUUCGCCAGUUGUUUGGGGAGUUACCUCCGCAGAAUAAAAUCAAGCAGAUGACAGUGUGCUACACAUGGUUCCAUGAAAGGUUUCGGGUUCUCCCAGUAGAUGCUAGUGAAGAGACCGUGCGUAUAUACGCGCGUGCUUACAUUCUGAUGUUGUUGUCCUCUCAGCUAUUUGCGGACAAGAACGCAAACCGGGUUCACCUUCGGUGGUUGCCUUAUUUGGCAUCGAUGGACGACUUGGGCCGAUAUAGCUGGGGGUCGGCUGCACUGGCCUGGUUGUAUAGAUGUCUUUGUCGUGGGACAAACAGAAAUGUUGUUAACUUGGCCAGUCCACUACAGCUUUUACAGUCUUGGAUUUUUUGGAGGUUUCCCAGUUUGAGGCCUAGUGGUUUUGAUGUGUUCGGGUUUCCGCUUGCAUCCAGGUGGGCUACAUAUCUACCGAGAAACGAUGCAGUGGAUCAGAGAGUGGUGGCUGCACGCCUUUCUUUGGAUAGAUUGCGUUUUCAUGAUUUUGUGUGGGAGCCUUAUUCAUCUCCCGAGGUAGCUGCUGUUGUUCAUCCGGAGAUACUAGUUGAUGAGCACCGUAGGCUAUGGACGGCGGUCACUAGCCUGAUAUAUUUUGCUGCGAUUGAGUGGCAUCAGGUGGAUAGGGUGGUACCGCAGUUCGGUGGUGUUCAGCAUCUCCCUCAGUUUGCUCUAAACAUAGAUUGGCUCCAUGCGAAGGAUGGAAGGGGUGGAGAUCGAUGGUUCCCCAGAUAUUAUCAGGAGUGGCAUUUGCAUUGGGAGAACCGGGUUGAUUCAGUCAUACCGGUCGAGCAAGUAGCUGACCCCGGUCCAUCAGCUGAGUACUUGGACUGGUGGUGCCGUGUGGGUCACAGAUUCCUAUCCCCAGAUGUUGCAUUUCAUGAUCUGAGGCCGAUUGUUUUGACCGAGGAGGCUCGUCACAGAGGGUCGUCGCAGGCACCUCCCAGGGUGCAGGUUCCCGACAGGCCGGACAACAGGCAAGUGGAUCGGCGUCGCCGUAUAGGCACACGUACCACCGAUCGAGAGUGGCGAUGGCUCGACGACCGUUUGGAUGAGGACCUAGUAGGUGCUGAUGAUAGAGGUGUUGUGGAUCAUCGUGUUCCUCGACGUAGAGCCAGACGACAGGGUGGACGGGAUGGUCGUGGACGGGCUCGAGCCACAGGUAUUCGCUGA